GUUAGUGGAUUCAUUUGCUCUACCCUCUCACGGCAGGCAUCUCUCUCCUGCUGUUGUUUGUCUUCUCCGCCGGUCCCUCAGCAGUUGUUGUGGCGAUGAGCAGUGAGCGCAAGCCGCGAAAGCCGCUGCUUCGUCGCCACUCUCUGGCUGGUACAAGAGCCAGCCCAAGCCAGAGACAAGAGGAAGGGGGACGAUCACUCUUCAGAUUCAUCAUGAAUCGCCCGUGGAAACAACGCUCUGUGUCUACCCCCGCCAUUGACAGCGAGAGUCGGUCUUCCGCAUCACAUCACCAUGACAACACUAAAGAGGGGGCGGAGUCAAGUGUGAGAGUCGUGGCGACCGUUCUUCAACCGCAGCUCUACUACAAGAGUGUCCCGGUCACCAUGGCGACAACAGUGAACGACAUCAUCGUGAAAUUGGUAUCGAGGUAUGCAGUUGUUGCUGAGGACAAGGACCCGAACUCGUUUUACCUGAUGGAGACCCACGACAGGAAGCAGGGCAGCUACUCACGUGUUCUCCCUGACUCUGAGGAGGUUGGCUCUAUCCUCCAGAGAUGGGGGCCAGACUCUGCAUACUUCACCCUCACACGGCGACCAACCACAGUCAGAUCUGAACCUCUCUUCUACAGCUCCCCCAGCCUCCUCUCCUCAGAGAGGUCCAAUCUGUUCUCAUACCAAGUCUUUGUCGAGGAAGGCUGCGGAUCACAGCUGUCGCAGAGUCUCAGCGAUGUGUCAGCCGAGCUGUCUUCGUCGCCACAGAAACAGGGCAGUCGCUAUGGUAAUAUCGCCAGUCUGGUCAGCCCGUAUUCGCACGGGGCAUCCCGAAAGGGGACCGACCCGGAAAAGAACACUUCAUCGUUGUCACGGUUACAGGCGUCCUAUAGUCGGGAAUCCACACCAAUUUCGCCAACCUCCCCACUAAUUGUUGACAGCCCCACUCAUCAAUACAUCGUUAUAACGCCGGGUCAACCUCGGGUGGUCACCAUAGCGACGAAAGUUUCCAUGGCAACGACUCUGGGGGACCGGCACACUUUCUCUUCCCCAGUGCUAACCCUGGGUCUCCUACGGAGACAGAAGGUAGCCACGGCAACAACACACCAGUAAACAAACCAAAUUCCACCGACGAAAAAAGAGAAGAGGAAAGUGUUUUGUUCAGUUUUGGAGAAACGGGGAGAGAGGGAAGAAGGGAGGAGGAGGAGGAGGAGGAGGAGGAGGGGGAAGGUGAGACACCAGAAUCACGGCGGAGGAAAGAAUUGAGUGAAAAGAUGAAGAAGUCAGUUGAGAGGGGGCUUGGAGAGAUAAUUGCUCAGAUUGUGGAGGAAGGUAGACCACAAGUGGCAGGGGGAGGAGAGCGGGAGGUGGUGAAAGAAGAAGAGGAGGAAGAGAGGGUGGAAGAAAAGGAAGAAGGAGAGAAAGAAGAGGGAGAGGAUGGAGAGGGAGAGGAGGGAGAGAGGGAACAAAUGGCAGGAGAAACAGUGUUUUAGUCCUUUAUACGAGGAGAAGAGGAACAGGAAGACGUGUAGUCAAAAUUGAAGAAACGGGAGAGGUGGAAAUGAAAGAGAAACACCAGCAACAAGAAGAGCCGAAAGAAUUCCAGUCAGAUGUCAUCACUGUGACGACACUAGUAGACUCCUCCCCUCGUCAAGUUGCCACAGCAACUGCAGCUGGCCACGCCUACCAGCGAGAAUCCAGUGUGACCGUAAGUCCAGUCCACAAGGCUUCAGCCUCCUCUGUCUCGUUUCAUCAGGAGCCAGGCGGAGAGGGCGGGGCCUGGAUGAACCUGUCUGACCAGUUUCAGUCGACCAUGAAUAUCAUUGACUCGUUUUCGGCCACCAUGGAUGAGAACUUUGGAACGGAGCCACUGCAGACUGGAACCAAGACUGAGAGUGGAACAAAAUCUCGGAAUGAGACCAGAAGCAGUCCGAGAGCCACGCCCACUGCCACACCCACAACUCCUGACAAGAAGAAACAAGAAAAACAAGAUCUCAUCUCUCCCGAUCGUCGCAAGAAACUGGUGGAGCAAGCUGCGAAGAGGUUUCCAUUCAAAAGAGCUCAUACGUUUGACGUGGGAGUAAGCCACACCCCCAUCACCACCAGUCGGCCACGCCCACCCAACAAGCCGCACCCCUUCAUCAAGCCCCGCCCAGUCGAGAGCAAAGCGGGAGGGGCGGGACCUGGUCUCCAAGGCGAGGAAAGAUCGAAUGAUGAACGACGCUCUGGCUAAGAUGAGACAACGCUUCGCCCAAUCCACCUCCAACAACUGACGAAAAA